GAGGGAGAGCGAGCGAGCAGGAGAUCUCUAAACAAUUCCCUUCCCUCUCUCAUUGGGAUCUGAGUAGUCCUGCCUGCCGCCUCCUGUGCAUUUCUCUCUCCCCCUCCUCCUCCUCCUCCCCCCAACCCGGCGCAAAUCCAUCGCCGAGAUCCAAGUCCACCACACCGGACGAGCGGCAGCGGCAUUGGUUGAUCUCGCCGUCGACGUCGGACGAGGGCGGCGCCGCAGGCAUGCGCCCGCAAGGCCAAGAUCCGUCCGCCCGCGGCCGCGACGCUGCCGCCGGGAUCUGAUCCAGCCCGUCCCGCCGCCACUCGCUCGCGAUCCUCUCCGGCCGCUCGCAGCAGCAGCGUGGCAGGAGGCGAGGCGGAGGAGGAGAAGAUAGAGACGCAACCCACGCGCGGCUAGCUAGGGUUUGUUCCAUCUCCCCCCUCUCUCGCUCGCUCCCUCUCUCUCCCGAGGAGCGGAGGAAGGCGGAGGGCCGGAGGAGGAAGAGAGGCGGGGGAUGUCGUCGUCGAACUCGCCGUGCGCGGCGUGCAAGCUGCUGAGGCGCAAGUGCACGCAGGGGUGCGUGUUCGCGCCCUACUUCCCGCCGGACCAGCCGGCCAAGUUCGCCAACGUGCACAAGGUGUUCGGCGCCAGCAACGUCUCCAAGCUGCUCAACGAGAUCCCCGUGGCGCAGCGGGAGGACGCCGUCAACUCGCUCGCCUACGAGGCCGAGGCGCGCCUGCGCGACCCCGUCUACGGCUGCGUCGCCUACAUCUCCGUCCUCCAGCUCAAGAUCAAGCAGGUGCGCGAGGAGAUCGCCAACGCGCGCAAGGAGCUCGCCGGCUACAUCGGCCAGGCCGCCUACGCGCCCGUCGUCCCCGUGCAGCACCCCCACGCGCAGUACGCCGCCGCCGGCAUGGGCCUCGUCCAGCCCCACCCGCACCCGCACCAGCAGAUGGCGAUGCAGCAGCAGCAGCACCCGUACCACCAGCAGCAGAUCGCCGAGGCGCAGCACCUGGCGGCCGUCGUCGAGGUGGCGCGCGCCGGGCAGCAGCAGCAGCAGCAGCAGCAUCACCACCAGCACCAGCAGCACGAGAUGAUGAUGAUGCGCCAGACCUACGCCAACGUCCACGGCGGGGCCGCCGCCGGGCCAACGGUGGCCGUCGAGCCUCCCCAGCAGGCCGCGGCCUACGACGGCACCGCCCCGUUCCUCAUCCAGCAGCAAGCGUCGCCUUCCGCCCUGACCUACCGCAUGGAGGAGCCGUCCCCGCCGCCGCAGUCCUCGGGCCACUCCCACGUCGACAUGUCCCACGCGCCGCAGCAGCAGCGUCAUCAGCACACGGACGGCAGCGACGAGGGGAGCGGGGGCGCCCCGACGGCCUGAUGGCCAUGCUCCCGCCUCCUUCGCCUCCCUGUGUCGAUAUUUUCCCCCUAGCUUUUUUUCCACGGUUUCUUUGAUGUUCGUUUGUUGGGCACGAGUCUUUUCGUCUUCUUGAUCAUAUGAUAUCGAACUGGCAUCGCCAUGGCUCCCCGGAAAGCAUAUCCAUGGCUCCCGGAGGCGGACAAGCUGGUGAUCUUGCUCAAGGCUCUUCAUCAGCUGCCUUUAUCCCUCACAAGAGUGACAGCCAAAUAAAUGCAGACCAGAAACAGAGGUAGCAAAGAGAAACUUAUGAAGGGAGGUGCAGAUAGAGACAGUGAAACAUGCAUGCAAGGUGUGUGUGCAAAGGGAAGCAAAUAGUGAAGCGAGCAGCAUGCAUGCAGCUGGGGCAAAGUCAGGGGAGAAUUAGCAGCCAGCAAGCAUAAGUUUUUUUUUACUAGACCACAGAGUUCAGGAAGAAAAACAGCAAAGGAUUUCUAGUUCUUCUGCAUUAUGCUUUUCGACUAGUAUAGUGGCUACUUCCUUACAUACAUUUCUUCUCUUCCGGCCGAUUUGUUUCUAUUCACUAUAUAGCAUGCUGUUUCGUUUUGCGCUUC